CUGAGUGGUGGAUGGAAAGCACCCAUUGCUUACUUCUUCACCAAGGUCUUGACAGCUGAGACCCAGAAGCAACUGGUUCAUCAUACCAUUGAUAAACUGCAUGAAUUAGGCUUUCAGGUGCAUGCAUUAACUAUGGAUGGCCAUGCCACCAAUGUUUCCAUGUGUACUUUGCUUGGUGCUAACUUUGAUUUCACAGGAAAUAAUUUGCAAACAUACAUUACCACUGGUCUACCACACAAAACGUGCAUAAUUUUUGACGUCUGCCAUAUGAUAAAACUUUUGAGAAACAUGCUUCAGGCCUAUGGUGCUUUAGUUACAUCUGAUGGUAAAGUUUCCUGGCAGUACCUGAGUUUGCUCAAUACAGUGCAGGAAGAGGACGGUCUUAGAUUGGGUAAUAAGAUAUCAUCUCGUCACAUCAUGUUUUUCAAGCAGAAAAUGAAGGUGUCAUUAGCUACACAGCUAUUCUCUUCAUCUGUUGCCAAGGCUCUACGUACCAUGAAAGAUAUUGGUGAUAGGAGGUUUGAGGAUUGUCUUGCAACUGUAAAGUUUAUUGAGGUCAAUGUGUGGGAAAGGUUUAAUUAUUGCAAUUGAAUCUACAUUGACCAUAGCACACCAAGUUCUUGGUAAUCAGAAAUAUCUGCUAUGCUACAAAUUAAGCCAGGACCACUUAGAAUUGUUUUUCAAUGCGAUCCGGCGGGGUGGUGGUUGGAAUAACAAUCCCUCUGCAAAAGUUUUUGAAAGCUCUUUCAAGAGAAUCAUUACCCAUUGUGGUGCUUUGAAGGUUUCCAAAGAAGGGAAUUGUAUCGCCCAGGAUGACACAAGUCUUGUGCAAGCCAGUACAUCGACUUACUUGCCACCAGAUGCAGGGAAAUCGGAAAAUGAUGAUGAUGGUAAUGGUGAACUUGACUUGUAUGAAGUAGAAGCAAGGAACCUCUUGGACCACAGCUACAGCAAAAACCAACUGUCUUUGGUUACCCUGAAUAUCAUUGUGUACAUUUCAGGGUGGAUCAUCCGUAAGCUUUCAACACAGUUGUCAUGUCAAAUCUGCAAAGAUUCUUUGACUGGGUAUCCCUCUGAUAACUGUGGUGUCUUCCAUCUUUUGAAGAACAAGCAAAAUGGUGGACUGUUGACUCCAUCACAAAGUCUAGUGUAUGUAGUGAUGUCUGCAGAAAAGCACUUAAGGAGGAUGACAGAUGUUUGUCGUGUGAACUCUUCAUUAAACUUGUUGCGUCUUCAAACAUGUGUUUUAACAGACUGUCUUGCUGUUGAUUUAUUUGACUCAAACCAUGGCUAUGAAACUCAUGAAGGUGUUGAAAACCAUAAUUUGUCUUUAAUUAGAUCAGUUGUCUCAGUUUUCUUCAAACUAAGACAGCAUCACAUUGUAAAACUGCACAACCUCCACAAGCAAUUUGAUAACUGCAGACACACUUUAACAAAGUCCAUUUUGUUUAAAGGACAAUGAGCCUUUAUUUUUUAUAUGGAAAGUAGAGGCACCCAAUCUUACUAGAAAACUGGUGUAUGUAGUAAUGUCUGCAGAAAAGCACUUAAAGAUUGGUUCCCGCGUACAAACUGGGUGAUUUAAUGGUAUAUAUGGACUAAAAACAUAUUCAAACUAAUUAAUUUGUCAUAAUUAUGCUUCAAAUCCUUCUCAAACAUUGUAAUUACGAAGGAAUGCCCUGCUAUUAAAAUUCGAUCAAACCAGGUUAUGUUAACGUCACGUCUUGGAAGUCAGAGGUGAAUUCAUUGAAUACAUAAGACGAUGUUGUCUUUAAUCGCUUACUAUUUACUACAUUUAUCGAAUCCUAAUUAAAUUCUCGGAUUAUCCACUGUUCGCUUGUGACCUUUGACAUCACGCAUGCAGAAAUUCUUAAUCAUCGGGCUGUUAAUUAGGGGAACCCUUACAUUUUUAUCCUGU